AAAGCUAAUUCAAUGGAGUGGAAGAAUUACUAUUUGGAUGUUAUAUUGGUUCCUUUUGGUCUUUCCUUAACCUUCAUUUAUCAUGCUUGGUUAUGGUACAAGGUUAAAACUCAGCCACUCGCCACCUUCAUCGGAGUUAAUGCCACGGUCCGCCGCCAGUGGAUCUCCACCAUGCUCGAGGACAUAGACAAGAAGAACAUUCUUGCAGUCCAAACCCUAAGAAACAUGAUAAUGGGUUCAAGCCUGAUGGCUACCACUUCGAUCCUUCUCUGUGCCGGUCUGGCUGCGGUCCUCAGCAGCACGUACAGCAUAAAAAAGCCGGUGACCGACACUGUGUAUGGCGCACAUGGGGAGUUCACGGCGGCUCUAAAAUUCACAAUAACCCUAACCAUAUUUGUGUUCUCAUUCUUCUUCCACACAUUGUCUAUUAGGUUUAUGAAUCAAGCCAGCCUUCUAAUGAGUGCCCCAUUGCAGCCCUUGUCUGUGCUAACAGAGAGCCAUUUGGUGGAGAUUUUGGACAAAGGUUGCGUUUUAAACACAAUUGGAAAUAGAAUCUUUUAUUUGGCUCUUCCAUUGGUGCUUUGGACUUGUGGACCUUUGCUUGUUUUUUUGGGCUUUGGAGUGAUGGUUUUUGUGCUUUAUAAUGUUGAUUUUGUGUGUGAUAAGAGGAGUAGUAAUAAUCAUGGGAAGAUCAAGAUGAAUGAGAUUGUUUGA